AUGGGGAUCGCGUCGCGCCUCCUUUGUCUCGCCGCGCUACUGUUUCUCGGAGAAUCUCUGCUCAGUGCGGAAGCGCGCCGGCGGAGAUCGCCUCCUACUAAGCCGCCGCCUCAGGCGCCUGCCUCGAAGUCAACCGGGCCGAUCGACGCGAUUUUCGUUUUUGGCGAUUCGCUUCAGGACGUGGGAAACAACAACUAUGGCGGCAAGUCAGUGCUUCAGUUCAACAUCCCGCCGUACGGAAAGAACUUCACCUUCCCCGCAUUCCAGGCGUCGGAGCAGCUCGACUGGUUCGACAAGAUCCAGACGGACUCCAUGAAAGCCGCUGGCGCUGACGCGAGCCUGCCCCCUCCCUCCGUCUUCUCCACCGCGCUUUACGUCGUCGGGCUCGGAUCCAACGACUACUUUGUUAUUUUUUUCGGGGAGAAGAUCGAUGAGACGACGCUCCCGAGGAUCACUGCGGGAGGCGCGAAUCAAAUGCAGGCGUUUGCUUCGACUGUGGUGGCUUAUUUGAUGUCCUACGUGGGGGGUCUAUACAGCCGCGGAGCGCGGCGGUUCUUGCUGUUUGAAAUUCCCCCCCUCGGCUGCCUGCCGCUGUGGCGACAGGCGCUGCAGCCGGCGGAGAAGCAGGGGGAGUGCGUGAGCGAGAUCAACGCGUAUGCCCAGGAGCAUAACAAGCAGCUGGCUGUUGCUAUUGCUGGGCUGCAAAAGACUCUCAAAGGCUCGAAUAUUCUGCUCGCGAAGACGUACUCCUUUUUGGAGAACGCUGUUGCCGAUCCUGCCACGGUUGGCCUUUUCGGAACCAGCGCAUGCUGCGGCGGCCCGCCUCCCCUCAACGGCCUUGUGCAGUGCGGCAAAACUGACACCGUGGGUGGUUACAAGGUAACAGCGACGGAGUGCAGCCGCCCCCAGGACAGCAUCUUCUGGGACCGCCUGCAUCCCACUGAGGCCUUCAAUCGUGAGCUGGCCAAGGGCAUUUUCCUGGGCGGAAAGGAAUCUGUCGUGCCGAUAAACCUGCGCCAGCUGGCGAGCGCCGCGAGCGGGCAGAAGAAGUGA